CAAAGAGCGCGCAGCGAGGCGGGAAAGGCUGCAGCUGGCACUGCUCGCGGACCGUUUAAGGCUUUCCCCCCACAAGAAACAGAAGAUACCCAGCGAGCGGAUUCUGCGACUUGCUGCUCCCGUUUGGAAAAUGAAGCUGGCCUGCGUUGUCCUCUUGUCUCUCCUGGCUGUCAGUCAAGCAGUGAACCCUUGCUGUUCAAAUCCAUGCCAGAACAGAGGAGUGUGUAUGACAACAGGAUUUGAGCAAUAUGAAUGUGACUGUACACGGACGGGAUACUACGGGGAAAACUGUACUAAACCGGAAUUUUGGACUUGGCUGAGAGUGAUGCUGAAACCCACUCCGACGACUGUCCAUUACAUCCUCACUCACUUCAAAGGGGUCUGGGAUAUAAUCAAUAGUGUCCCUUUUCUUCGUGAUGCCAUCAUGAGAUACGUGCUGAUGUCAAGGUCGCAUUUAAUUGAGAGCCCGCCGACAUAUAAUAGCCAUUAUACUUACAAAAGCUGGGAAGCCUAUUCGAAUCUUUCCUACUACACUAGAGCUCUACCUCCAGUAGCCCAUGACUGCCCAACACCUAUGGGUAUGAAAGGCAAGAAGGAACUUCCAGAUUCACAAAUCAUCGUUGAGAAAUUUUUACUGAGGAGAAAAUUUAUUCCUGAUCCUCAAGGCACAAAUGUUAUGUUCACAUUCUUUGCCCAACAUUUCACCCACCAGUAUUUCAAGACGGAUCAUCACAAAGGGCCAGCCUUCACGAAAGCCCUUGGACAUGGGGUUGACUUGAGUCACAUCUAUGGAGAAACUUUGGACAGACAGCUAAAACUGAGGCUGCUCAAGGAUGGAAAGCUGAAAUAUCAGAUGAUUGGUGGAGAGAUGUACCCACCGACCGUGAAAGAAACACAAGCAGAAAUGAUAUAUCCACCCAACAUCCCUGAGCACCUACAGUUUUCUGUAGGACAGGAGGUCUUUGGUUUGGUUCCUGGAUUAAUGAUGUAUGCCACCGUAUGGCUCCGAGAACACAACCGGGUCUGUGACGUACUUAAAAAAGAACAUCCGGAAUGGGAUGACGAGCAGCUGUUCCAAACUGCCAGGCUGAUCUUGAUAGGCGAGACCAUCAAGAUUGUGAUCGAAGACUAUGUGCAGCACUUGAGCGGCUACCACUUCAAGCUGAAGUUUGAUCCAGAGUUGCUCUUCAAUCAACGAUUCCAGUACCAAAACAGAAUAGCCGCUGAAUUCAACACCCUUUACCACUGGCACCCCCUUCUGCCAGACACCUUCCAGAUCCAGGACCAGGAAUACACUUACCAGCAGUUUAUCUAUAACAAUUCCAUCAUGUUGGAGCAUGGCCUUUCCCAAAUGGUGACCUCUUUCUCCAAGCAAAGGGCCGGAAGGGUGGCUGGGGGUAAGAAUGUUCCUGCUGCUGUACAGAAAGUAGCUAAAGCCUCCAUAGAUCAGAGCAGGCAGAUGAGAUACCAGUCAUUGAAUGCAUACCGGAAACACUUCCUGUUGAAACCUUUUAAGUCAUUUGAAGAACUUACAGGAGAAAAAGAAAUGGCUGCAGAACUUGAAGAGCUUUAUGGCGAUAUCGAUGCUAUGGAGCUCUACCCAGCACUUCUUGUUGAAAAGCCACGCCCAGGUGCCAUCUUUGGUGAGACCAUGAUAGAACUUGGGGCACCAUUUUCCUUGAAAGGUCUCAUGGGGAAUGCCAUAUGCUCACCUGAAUACUGGAAGCCGAGUACUUUUGGGGGCAAAGUUGGCUUUGACAUCGUUAACACGGCCUCACUCCAAAAUCUCAUCUGCAACAAUGUGAAGGGCUGCCCUUUCACUGCCUUUCAUGUCAUAAACUCAGAAACAGCUGCAACAACUAACUUCAGCACCGCCAGUGCUGCAAUAGAAGAUAUCAACCCUGCUGUGUUAUUGAAAGAACGGUAUGCUGAGCUAUAGAGAGCAUCUGGCCGUCUUAUUUAUUUAUUUAUACGGUGAUCUAAAUUAUUAUAUUUAUAUUUAAAAUGCCAUGGAGAGAGAGACAUAAUUAUAUAUUAACUAUAUAUUGUUCCUUAAGGUCUAAGACAGGAUGUCAGACUUAAAAGGGAGUUUUGCUUUAGAUUCUGCAAGACAGGAUCCCUUGUGUCUUAAACAAUACCUUCUGUACCAGAAAGACGUAUUCCAAAAUGGAUCAAGGCAUCAGAACUGCUAGGUGAAAACUUGAUGAUAAAAUGAUACAUUUUUUUCUUGAACUUGACAAGAAACAUAGCAAUAGGGACACAAGCUAAGCACUUCUCAUCCCAUUCUCUGUCAAGAUAUCAAUACUCUUGCAAAUGGUCCCUACCAAAAUUUGUGUGUGUGUGUGUGUGUGUGUGUGUGUGUGUAGCACACACACGCACAUAGCAUAUAUAGCCAUAAUUCAAUCCAAACUACACAUUAUACACUUAAGAACUAGAGUGAUUUUAAAGAGAAGUACUUAACUAUCCUCUUGGACUCAAUUAGAAGUAAAAGUCGCUUUAUCAGUCCCUGGAUAGUUUAAGCAGGGGCAAAAGAGGACGGGGAAAGGGCCUAGCUCUGUCUUUUCAAGGGAGUGAGGGGCUGCCUGCCUGCCCACCCAGCAAUCCAGGCACAGCUGCCCCCUUCCCGGGCAAGGAUGGAGCCAGCCAGGCAUUGCCCUUCAUCCACUGGGCUCCUGAGCUUAACUUUGCCAGUCUGCUCCUGAGCUUACAUUUUUGCAGACUGCAACACAGAAAAGGGUAGCAUGUUCACUUCCUUUUCUUGCACUUCCUAUUAAACAUGCCAAAUAGGGACCUAUGUGGUGAGACACGCAAGUUCUAGCUGCUGUUAUGCAACCAAGGCCUAAAACGGUUGCUGAAUUCAGUGUGAUUGACAAUCUAGAGUAGUACAGGAGAUGCCGGAAUCUCUUAAUGCAGCACUUUAUGCACAGAGAUAUCAUUUCAAUUCUGAGAAACACACUACAUUUUGUUAAUAUUGUAGUAGGAAUGUAGAUCAUAGGGUACUUUUUUUCAAGUGUAUUACCUGACCAAUGCAAAUGUCUUCCUGCAUUGCAGAUACAACCCUUUUCAUAUAGUUAAGAAGUAUGUGGAGACAAAAAUGUAUUGGACCAAAUACAAUAAUGCAAGUUCUUUUCUUUUUUUUAAGUUAACUAAUGCUUAUGUUUUGUAGCAAAGAUUGUUUGACUUAUGAAAGAGAUGCGUAUAGCUAAUAAAGGAGAUGGGUAUCAAGGGCACAAUCUGCCAGGACAGUCUCUUGAGGAAGGUCCGUGUUUUUGUCGCUGGUGCCUUGCACAGCAAGCCCUAUUUCAAGGAGUUGCACAAAAAAGAACUUCCCUAUGCAUUAUAGCCAAAGACUGCAAAGACUCCAGUUCUGAGCUGUGAUUGUGGCUUCAAGGACAUAAGGGCCAUAUUUAACUCUCUGGAAACAAGCAUUUGAUUUUUAAAAAAUCAUGAGUGUGGGAGGCCCCGUACAAAAUUUCACAGAAAACUCAAAAUGAAUUCAAUUUGAAUUCAUCAACAUAUUUAUAAUUCUCUUCCUUUGAGGAAUCUGAUUUGUGGCAAUAACUUGGAGUUCUGUUUUUGUGUUUCCAGAAGAGAAGAGAAACUCAGUUUUCACGCCCUUGAAAUCCUAGCUUUAGUGGAAUUUAAGCCUCCUCUCUUAGCUUCCAACAAUUAUGAAUGUGAAAAAAAUCAUUCUGCUUCCUUCAGUUUACUUUUUCUAUCAUGAAGGUUCAGAGUUGUAAAUGAGCAUUUUGAAACUCAAGGGUCACGCAUCCAUAUCCUUCUCUUAAGGGCAUUCAUCAAAUAUAUUGUAUGUUUUGCACUAUCUUUUGAUGUCUCACACUGUACAUUAGUGAGUUCUGAACAGAACUCUGUCCUCCAGAUCACCUGUUCCCUGGAACUUUCAAAGGCGUGCUGAGAAUGAGUGGUCUAAGUUCUAAACUGCACAUUAUUUCCCAUUAGCACAGAUAUAAAGUUGAUACUUACCUGACUAUUCUAAAGCUUCUCCAUCUCUUCUCCAUCAUGAAUGGAGCUUUACAAUCAAUGUUAAUCCUAAAAUAACACUUGGAACUUGGUUCUGUUCAGUUGUUCCUUCGAAACUUUGCAAACCUGCAGGUCUAUCAUCCCCUAUUACCCAGUUCCUUUUUCAUUAGACUUAGGACUUGUUGCUUCUUGUAUUAAAAGUGCCUAAACACUCCAUUUUCUUCAGAGCUUCUGAUUCAAUCAGAUUUUCCUGAUAUGAAUGUGUUUAUAGAUUUUAAACAUGUGUCCUUUAAAAACAAAAACUUUUUUGUACAGUAUUUAGUUGUAGAUACUAUUUAAAUGCAAUGUUCUUUGCAAUAAUAGUACACUGUAAUGUGCCAGUCUAGUGACUCACAUCAUCCUCCGUACUGUGUCUGUUGUUCCCAGUGGACCUUUAUAAAUAAUAUGUUUCCUUUUUAUAAAACAACAACAUGGAAUAUUUUAUUUGUUGCAUUAAAUGGCUGGCCAUGGUUGCUGCAUUUGUGUGAGAAAGGAGGUGUUUUGUUAAGUUGUAACUCAUUUUCUUUCAACUGUAUGCUUUUAUUUAUUAAUAUUGAAAUAAUUGAUAGUUUCAUGUUUUUUACGUCAUGAUGUACACAAACAGUAUGAUUGUUUAUAAUAAAUUAUUUGAAGAUAAGAA